AUGGGUAGCACUGCUGCUGUUGUCCUUUGUCUUGUUUUGCAAUUAAUUCAAGAGACGAAAGCGUCCGUUGCGAACUGCGUUCCCAGAAAAACAGUAAAAUACCAAACUGGAAAUAGAAGCACUUUUAUGAAGGAAGGAUUAUCCAAUGUUUCCACUCUUCUUGUGGAUGAAGAAAUGGAUAUGUUAUUUGUUGGGGGCAGAGAUGCAGUAUUUGCUCUUGACUUGAAUAAUAUUUCUAGAGAAAUAGCCAGGGAACAUUGGUUUGCUCCACAGGAGAGACAACUGGAAUGUGUUCAUAGAGGGAAGGACAAGAUAAAAUGCCAGAACUACAUCCUCUUCCUCCAUAAGAUAAAUAACUCUAAUUUAUAUGUUUGUGGAACCAACGCGUAUCACCCAACUUGUGAUCACAUGGUUAUUCAAGGAACAACCAUGAGCCUGCAAGGAAGAGCUGAAGAGAGCAGAGGGAAGUGUCCGUUUGAACCAACUCUAAACUACGCCUCUGUUUUUGUGGACGGGGAAUUUUAUUCGGCUACUUCCAAUAAUUUCUUGGGAACAGAACCGAUAAUACUUCGCAGUAUGAGAAAUCCUGUAAGAACAGAGUUCAAAACAUCGUGGCUGAAUGAACCAAGCUUUGUCAGCAUGGAAAUGGUGCGGGAAAGUGAAUCUAAUCCAAAUGGAGAUGAUGAUAAAAUUUAUGUGUUCUUCACUGAAACAGCUGUUGAAUUUGAUUUCUAUGACAAGGUUCUGGUGUCCAGAAUUGCCCGGAUCUGCAGAGGUGAUCUGGGUGGGAAACGUGUAUUGCAGAGAAGAUGGACAUCGUUUUUAAAAGCCCGACUUUCCUGUUCCAUCCCGGAAUUAAACUUCCAAUUUGAUAUCGUCCAGAAUGUCUUUUUACUUCGGAGAGGAAAGUGGCAGGACAGCAUAUUUUAUGGAAUUUUUUCCCAACAAUGGGGAAGAGUGGACGUAUCAGCUGUUUGUGCAUACAGUAUGACAGAUAUUCAGGAAGUCUUCUCCAAAGGAAACUACAAAGGAGCAGUCACUGUAGAACAGUCCCACGUUAAAUGGAUGGCCUACAGGGGAGAAGUGCCAGUUCCACGUCCUGGUGCUUGCAUUGAUAAUUUUGCCCGGAGCAUGGGGUAUAAUACUUCUUCUGACUUGCCUGACAAAGUGUUGCAGUUUGUUAGAGAUCACCCUCUAAUGGAUAAUUCUGUAAAUCCAAUCGGGGAUAGAGCGGUGCUGCUGAAGAGAGGUUCAAACUACACCAGGAUCGUAGUAGACAGAGUGACUGGCCUAGAUAAACAAACAUACCAUGUUAUGUUUCUAGGAACAGAUGAUGGAUAUUUGCAUAAAGCUUUGAGUUGCGACGGGGAGAUGUUCAUUGUGGAAGAGCUCCAGCUGUUCCUGUCUCCUGCGCCCGUGCGGUCUCUCCGUCUGUCUUCUGCAAAGGGCAUGCUCUAUGCGGGAUCCCCCUCUCAGGUGGUGCAGCUGCCUGUCUCCCAGUGCCACCAGUACAAGUUCUGCCUGGAUUGUGUCUUGGCCAGGGACCCGUACUGCGCCUGGUCUCCCGCAGCGAAGGAGUGUGUUGUGCUGGCUGAGCACACCGGCCGCACGCCGGAGCAGCCCAUCUUCAGCACCAGGGCCCAUGUUUUCCAGAUUGACCCUGCCACCAAACGGAACUGGAUCCCGGCCAGCAAGCACGCCUUGACCGUCUCCUACUUCUACGAUGCCACACGCAACGUCUACCGGAUCAUCAGCGUGGGGGGCACCAAGGCAAUUAUCAACAGCACUAUUACCCCCAACAUGACCUUCACAAAGACCUCCCAGAAGUUUGGACAAUGGGCAGACAGCAGAGCCAACACGGUGUACGGCCUGGGCUUCGCUUCCGAGCAACACCUCUCCCAGUUUGCAGAGAAGUUCCAGGAAGUGAAAGAAGCCGCCCGUUUGGCGAGGGAGAAGUCCCAGGAUAAAACAGAGCUGACCAAUCCUGCCCUGAACAUCACAUCUCACCAGGUACUUCCCAGCCCCAUCAUCAGCUCCAAUGGGCCAGGAGAAGAUAAACUAUUCCGGAGCCAAAGCGCCGAUGUGGAGAUAACAACGGAGAAGGAGCGGCUGAAGAAGAUGCUUUCGGAAGGUUCGGUGAGCGAGGUCCAGUGGGAAGCCGAGUUCUUCAGCCUCCAGGACAACAACAACAAGCUGGUGGCUGCUCUCCACGAAGCCAACGCCAACGUGGACCAGUGGAAGAAGCAGCUGACUGCUUACCAGGAGGAGACGGAGUCGCUGCGGCAGCGGGUAGCAGAACUGGAGUCACAGGGGGCUCAUGAUUCCUCCAGCGAGAACAACAAGGAAGAGCUGAACCAAACCCUGGAGGAGCUGGAACUGCUGAUCAAGGCUAAAGAUGAGGAGAUUCAGAUGCUGAAGAGCCAGAAGUGUGGCCGAUGGGAAACAGAGGGCGAGCGUGAGGAGACGCUGCAGAAGCUGCAGGAGCUGGAGGCACGCAACGCCGAGCUGGAGCGGCGCCUUCACCUGGCCGAGCAGACGCUGGCAGAGACCUUGGCCGAGAGGGAGAAGAUCCAAAAUGAGGUCACCAAGGUGGCAGAGAUAAUGGAUGUGAAGAUAUUUGAGCUCAGCGAGAUCCGGCAGGGACUAGCCAAGCUGGUAGAGAGCAACUGAGCAGCAGCAGGCUGAGAGGAGACACCUCCAGAGGAGGGGAGCCCCAGCUGGGACUGGUCACUGACAGCAAUUACAGUCACAGAACAGCCUCGAGGUCUGUUUGGGCAGGAUAUGCCAACGUACCAGCAGCUGCCUGCACGGCGUGGAGACCAGCCGCAGCCACUUACUGCCCGAGGAACACCCGGACAGGGGGCAGAGAGCACCUGAGCUCCUGAAUCCUCUACAAGGGAGCACCUACAAGCCACAGCCAGACCUCUCUGGACCCUGCCAUGGAGGUGGCAUGGUCCAGAGAUGGCAACUGUCCCCGUGCUGCCUUCCCAGCCUCCUGCUGCCACACUGUGUCUCCAACCUUUUUACAGUUUUCUAAGGGAAGGGGCUGAGCAGCCUUCGUGGUUUUUUUUCAGUAGUUUUUUAGGAAACCACUUGCCUUUUGCAAAUAAGCUGCCUGUUUCCCCACCUAGGGAGGGAGGAGAAGUUCUAGCACACCGAGGACGACACUUGCUCCCUUUUCCUCUUCCCCAGCCCUAACUCCAUGGUGUUUUUCUAACAGGAUCCAGCAAAGCUGGUCACUGUCAGGAGCUUCCAGAGGUAGCAGAGUCCCCACUGCAGAGGAGGGUGCUUGCCUGCCCGUGUCUCCUUCCCACUGUUCAGUCGCAUCCUCCAGAGGAAAAAGAACUGCAGGUUUUAAAGCCUUUAUUAGUUUAACACAGUGGGAUUUAAUGACUUCUGAAAAGUUUAAGCUGAGAAGAGCAGAGGCUUGGUUGGGAAAGGGGCAUUUGAGAAAUGGGACAUCCCCGAGGGGGUGGCCAACAAAUUGCUAGAUUGGCAUCUCUCCUGGCCUCGAAGGGCUGCAGUUAAUUGAAAUUAAAUGGAGCAAGUAGCA